UGUGUGUGUGUGUGUGUGUGUGUGUGUGAGAGGGGCUGCAUGUGUCAGCAGGUGGGAGAGAGGCGGUGAUUCACUCAGAGCUGCAUUUUGUUUGCGAACAGAACUGGUUUUGAUGCCCCGAAGCUGUUCAGCACGCCUGCUUUGUGUGUUUUGUAAUCUGGGGGACGGCGUUCCUGUCAGACUUUUUCCCCGGAUUCCUCAGAUAUUAAACAAGACUCAGUGUAAUGUUGGGAACUCUCAACAAAAUAACUCACAUGACGGUCUGUAUUUACUGAACCUGAUAAACUCGCACAGAGUCGUGCCUCCUCCAAGUGCACAUCUGUUUGUGAAUGAUAGUCACUGUGUGCUGUCGGGCUAGACCCUAGUGAUUAAGGAGGCGAGGAGACGUUAACGGGUGUCUGUCUGUGUGCGACAGUGUUAACAAACACACAAACAUGAAGUAUAAAGAUUACCAGUUAAACCAGGUUUACUUCAGUAAGUCAGGCUUAUCUUCAGGAAACUGUGUAUAAGAAGCAAGACCUUUGAUCUCAUUCCCACUUCUUCUUAGCGUCUUUCUGCACCAUAACUUACAUAUUACAUUAAUAUUGCACAUAGUUCUUUUUAAAUUAAAUUUGUCAUUUUGUCACAAAACAGGACAUUUCCUGACACAGGACCUAAAUAAGUAAUUAAAAAACAAUAAUUACAUAAAAGUUAAUAAAGAAACAUUUACAAAAGAAGCAUUUACUGCAAAGCAAGGUCAGUUACAGAUGAAGAUAUUUCACAUAUUUAUAUGUACUUAUAUACGUAAAUAUAUAUCUUUUUACAGUUUAGUUUUCCUUUUAUUUCUUCUGUUUAUAGAUGUUCUGUGUGUAAUAUGGAGUCGGUGCAGCUGCAUUUCAUUGUGUAAUCCUGUAUUGUAUAAUGAAAAUACAGCUGGAGCUUGAACCUUGAUCAGUGGGUUAAUCGCUAUCUUUGGGCUUAACUCAGUUUAAUUUGGAGAACAAAAUCACUCCGUGAACAAACUAACAGAGUCGUGUGUCAGCAGAGAUCUCCGACUCUCAGAAGUAGAGAUGAACUCAAGUCAGCUGUUAUUUAUUAUGUGAACUUUCUUUAUAUAAUUAGUGCUGAAAAUCAAAGAUGCAUAAGAUUACUAUGAAACAACUUGAAUAAGUAAAAUUAAGUAAAUAAUGACCUUUGUUUCCGAUAAGUUCUCUCUUAAUUGAACUGUUACUUGCUUUUGAUAAGUGACAUUACAGCGUCCAUAUGGUGCAAAUAAAGUGUAAAUAAAUAGAUUUCUUGGUUUAUGGUUCUGUAAUUUGAUGUGGUGACAUUUAAAGAUAGAACAAAUGUUUCUCACAAUGAGGCUGCAGCAUCAAGUCAAAGCUGUUUGUCAGUUUUAUUUUAAAUGCAGCCAUUUUAAAAACAAACAAUAUGUUGACUUUUAGAUUGAAAAAGAUAUGACUUCAGAUUUCAAUCAUGCAAUUAAGUGUCAACCUCUGACGGAAAGACUUUUUUAAACCUCCUUUAUGAAACAGAAUUUCCAGAAAAUCUGCCUGACUUACUUAAACAAGUCUGGUUUAACUGGUAAUCUUGCUUCAUGAAACAUUUAACGUGACGCACCAGAUGGUUUGUCUCACAGAACCAUCUAAGAAGUCAUUGUUGGAAACUGUCUGGAAAAGGGCCGGCGCGUUAAAGAAAUACUAGGCGUGUGAUUGGUUGAACCGCCUGUCAAUCAAACUCUUAUCAAAGCCAGCUGGGAGAAGAGUGAAAGCAUAUUUUCCAUCGUUCUUUGAAAUACUCUCCAGCUCUGAUAUAACUGAUGCUAAUGCAGCAUCGACGCUAACCUCUUCAGGAAACGCCAUUUUUGUUUUGAACAGUCAGUCUCCUCUCUGUGUCUCGUAUCUCACACACCUGAACCAUCCCAGUAGCUUCCAGUGACCUCUCACCGGACUCUGUGGUUUUUACACAAACACGUUCCCAGAAGCCUGACUAGACGGAUUUACCCACAAUGCUCAUGUGAUCUCGUGAUAUUGUGAGAAUCCAGCUGCCGUGCGAGGUAUUAAAACAUGUUUGUGAUACCAGUUGUGGAGGAUCAGCGAUGUUAGAGGAGUCAGAGCUCACACCGCUGACCUAAAACAUGAAGCCAAAAGUUCUCCUGGGCUUUGAUUUCAUAUUUUAUUCUCCAUCUUAUGUCUUUAAAUAUGCAGUUUAGUCUUAACGCGUCUGUUUUCUUCACGUGCUUGAUGUUUAUUAAGUGUUUGAAAGAAAUUAAAUGAAAUAAACCAGACGUGACUCUUUUAUGAAACAGUGAGAGGUUUACUUUUCUCUUUUUGACGUAGAAGACGGUACAUUUAUUUUGACCCAGAUGGUCACCACUGAGGCAGCUGUUAAUCUUUCAUUAAACAGAGGAGCUCAUUCCAGAGGAUUUGCCCUUUAAAUACACUCGGCAGCACAUUUUAUCCCAUGUGAGGAUUUAUGUGUCUUUGGGAGCAUUUGUUUUGGUAGCCAGGAGAAGGUCAAAAGAGCCGGUCCGGAGUUCAUUCAGGCCUCAGAGCCCAGAUUCACAAGACAGCCUCCCCCUCCUCCCCCUCCAGCAUUGAGAGGCUUCUUCACCAAACAGAGGACAGGCUCUGUCUGCAGCGGUCAGCGAUUGUUUGAGAAGAAGAAGAAGAAGAAGAAGAAGAAGAAAGAGAUCGGUGCAGCCCGGAGCGCCGUGUUCCUCCGUGUGUUGGAUGGUUUUCAAUUUAAAUGCCAGGAAAAGAAAAACACAAGGAAUGUUCUGUCACGUUCAAAGUGGUCACUUUUCCCCCGUUGAAUCAAGUAUAUAAGAGGGAAGAAUGGAUCUUUUCAAGUAAACAAAAGAAACAAAAACGUACCGUUGUUUUAUUUAAUGCUGUAAUUCAGACUUUAAAGAGAUACGUGCAGCAUGAAACAUGAAGAAGCACGCGGGGAUCUCGACUUGUAGCAUCAUUUUCAACACAAAAAGCCUCAAAGUUUCAGAUAAACAACCUUUUCAUGCAUUCCACUCAGCCGAAUGCAGUCAUCCGUGAGCAGCCGGGUGUCGAUGUGAGUAAGAGUUUAACAGGCAGUGUAGAAAAGCCUGUUGGGCUCCCCGCGGUGCUCUGCAGCCGGGCCUAAUCCUUACAGCUGACGUCUCUGCCAAGGAUCCAGACUAUCGGUUACUCUGCUUGAUGGAAUGCAGGCCACACACACACACACACACACACCUACACACACCUACACACACACACACACACACUGAUUCAGAAAACACCUCACGUCUUCAGAUAAAAAACAAACUUUGGAGUUGUUAUCAUAUGAUUUAUUUUUGUUUUUGCCUCCCACAGAAGCUCCAGUCGUGUGGAGACAUAGCCCAGCUCAGCGCCCCCCCGCCCCAGAGAAGAGCCAAGUCUCUGGACCGCAGGACUUCUGACACCGCCAUGACGCCAGAUUUAUUAAACUUCAAAAAAGGCUGGAUGGUGAAAUUGGAUGAAAAUGAGCAGUGGAAGAAAUAUUGGUUUGUGCUGUCGAUGGACAGUCUGAGGUGCUACAAGGACUCCGUAGCUGAGGAGGCUUCAGAUCUGGAAGGAGAAAUCGACCUGACGAAGUGUUAUAGUGUGUCUGAGUACCAGGUGCAGAGGAACUAUGGCUUUCAGAUCUAUACCCCAAAGGGCGUCUUCACGUUGUCAGCGAUGACUUCAGGGAUACGGAGGAACUGGAUCCAGGCUCUGAUGAAAAGCGUUCGUCCAGCUGGAGCCCCGGAUGUGGCCAGUUUACCCAGCCACCACGUCUCCUGCAGCCCCCCCGAAGCUCUCCCCAAACCAGAUGUGACUCAGGACUCCGCUGACGUCUCCACAGAGAGAGACCCUCACCCCAAACACAGGACCGUGAUGGAGAGACGGCGAGAGGGACGCUACAAAACCUUCGACUGGGCCGAGUUCAGGCCGCAGAGCAAACGCACUCUGGAUCCUCAGAGGACCAGAGCUCUGUGCUCGCUGGAGUUCGGGGAGCUGGAGAGGAGGAAGAGGAGGGAGGAGAGGAGGAGGAGGUACGAGAGCAUGCUGGGCUUCCCUCUGGGUUGGGAGGUGAUCGGAGGUACAGCAGCAGACGGCGGCGUCAGAGCGCUGAGUCCCAAAUCUCAGCAGAAAGUGGAAGAAGAGAUCGAAGAGUGCUGGAAGCUGGUGGAGAAGACGGUGUUCAGACUGGAGAGAAACGUCCCGCUGAUCACCGACGACAAAGACUCUGUGGAGGCCGAGAAGCUGCUGGACGGCUACAGGAAGGGGGUGGAGGAUCUGAAGGCUCAGCUGGUCGAGUCGGAGCGUCACAGACUGGAUCUGGAGGCUCAGCUGAGUACAGCGGGAUUUCAUACGCUGCAGCUGGACCCUCCUCUGACUCCCGAAGCAGAUUUUUGCCCAUCGGACACAAAUGAGAAGCCGUUGAACGGCAGCACGCAGACCCUGAAGGAUGUGUGCAAAGAAACCAGAGAGAACCUCAUCAACAUGCAGGAGCAGCUCAGCUUCGAGUCGCCUUCACUAACGCCUGAGACGCCCAGCAUCUGGCUGCACGAUGCGGAGGGCAACUUCCAGGAACUGGGUGAUUUGCUUCCUGAGACAGAAGACACACCUUUAUUAUUAUCACCUACAUCAGAGAAACAACUGUUAUUCUCUCAGAGCGACGGACAAACAGUCAACCACCAGAAUCAGCUGGACAGAGGCGACCGUGAGCAAGUUCCCAGCUCGGAAACACAAAUACAUAACGGUGAAUUUAGUUCAUUAAUUCUGGAGACGCCUUCAGAGGGAGACGACGACGACUCGCUCGGCUGCUGUGUGGAGCUACAUUCACCUCCAGACCAGGCGACGGUGAGGAGGCUCUCCCAAGAGGUGGAGCUGCUCACCAGCCAGAACGAGGCUCUCAACCAACGCAACCAGGAGAUGCUGAACCAGCUGACUGAGGCCGACCGUGAGAUAGAGAGACUGAAAGCAGAGCUCAGCAGCAGGUACACCGAACCCCAUCACCUCCCUGAAGUGGAACAGCUGGGACAAACCAGGCUGGAAGAUCUGGAGAGCGAGCUGAGCUCCAGAGACCGGCAGCUCCUGGAGGCCCAAACCGUGAUCGCCUCCCUGGAGGAGAAUCUGAGGGAGAUGGAGGCGCUGCUGCAGCUGAACGUCCCGAAAGAAACAGAAGAAACAGGACAGGAGAAUAAAGGAUACCUGCUCCGGUGUUUCGAGGCCACAGAGGCCAAGCUGACGGAGCUGGAGAGGAAGCUCGACCAAUCAGAGCUCACCUGCAGGGAGCUCCGCACGCAGAACGCAGAGCUGAGGGAAGCUGAGAAACGAUGCAAUGAAACAGCCGCCGAGGCCGAGGCCGACGUCAGGAGGCUGAAUCAAGAGUUGGAGAAGGAGAAGCUGAAAGAUGGAGAGAGCAACGGAUGUGCUUCUGGUGAAGAAAGGAUCCGGCAAGUGAUAGACGGGAUGGUCAUGAGGUUGAAAGCUUUGGAGAAGUUACUGGAGGUGAUGAACAAGUUUGAUGUUGGUUUGAGAACGGAGGAAGAGACGACGGCCACAGUGGAGAGUCAGCUGAGGUGGGAGGAAGAGUUUUGGGGUUUUCUGCUCGACAAACUGAAGGUGAAUCCGUCUGAGCUUCGUGAGGAGGAACCUGUGGAAGAGCUUCUUAGUGAGGUGACGGAACGUAUGAUGGUGGAGAAACAAAUGCUGCUGUUAGGGCAUCGCCUGCUCUCUGAGACGUGCACCGACAACGGUGUGAAACAACUGGACAUUAUUUGGAAUAUUGCAAGUGAGACAGAAACCAACCAGAUGGUUGAUUUCAACAACCAGCUAUAUGAGAUGGAGUAUUUCAGAAGCGCCACACAGGUGAAGAUCUCUUUGCUGAACCACCUCGCCUCCUCGGUCGGCACCUCGGCCCACGACAAACUGCAGCUGGCGGCCGACCGGCUCUCCGACCGGCACCCCUGGUCUGGUUUCAUUCACUCUGCAGCAACGGAGGCCUUGCACUGCUGUCAUUUAAGCAGACUUCAGUCAAAGUACGAGAGGCGACUAGAAGAAACCAAACAGGAACUCACUUCUUCUCUCGUCUGCAGCAACUGUGUUGCCUUGAUGGAGGAAAACAGGGAGCUGAGAGCAAGAAUGUCAGACUUAGAAGCACAGCAGUCGUCGUCGUCUUUGGGCGAUACGAUGAACAGCUGUUGUCAGACAGAAGAAGCUUACCCACAGGACACAGAUGUUAAGUUACAGGUCGUAGAUGGAAGUGUUACAGGUGAAACUGGGGAGGAAGAGGCCGAGAGCCUGGAAGGUCAGCUGGAGAUCCAGGAGACGGCAGAAGGAAACACAGAGGAAAGUGAAGCGACGCACAAGGAAACGGAUCCUUUGGACGUAGAGACGGAGCAAGUUUCAGUGCUGAGGAGGAGAGUGGAGGAGCUGGAGGAGCAGCUGGCCGUCAUGGCGGAGGAGGUGAAAGAAGAGCUUGAUGGGAAAAUGAGUUCUGUUCAGACGCAACACGAGACAGAGAUGGAAAAGCUGAAGGCGACGUGUGAGCGCGGCUUCGCCUCCAUGGAGGUGUCGCACCUGAAGGUGGUGGAGGAACUGCAGCAUCAACACCAACAGAAAGUGGAGCGCCUCCUGGUGGAGAGAGACGGACUGCUGGAGGAGGAGGGCGCUGCUACUGCAACCGCCAUCGAAGCCAUCAAGAACGCUCAGCGGCUGGAGCUGGAGAAGGAGGUGCAGAAGAGAUGUCAGUCCCAGAACAGCACAGGAAACACUCACCUGGAGGACGUAUACAGACAGCACAGUGAGGAGCUGGCGUCGUACCAGCGGGAGCUGGAGGUUUUGUCCCAGCAGUUCUCUCUGAAGUGUCUGGAGAACGGACAUCUGGUCCAGGCUGUGGAUGCUGAGAGGAAGGCCUUGUGUCAGUGCCAGCAGGAGAACCAGGACCUGAGGACCAGAAACCAGGAGCUGAGCGGUCACCUCGCAGCAGAGAUCACCCGACUCUGUUCUCUGGCCAAGCAGGAUGCCCUGCCGCUCAGUCAGGGGAUGGACGUGUACGAGAUGGAGAUCACCCUCCGAGUGAAGGAGUCUGAGGUUCAGUGUCUGAAGCAGGAGAUCACGUCUCUGAGGGACGACCUGCAGUCGGCACAGAGGGACAAGAAGAACGCCUCAAAGAAGUGCAAAGAUGUGUACACGGAGCUGAGCAUCACCAGAGCCAAAGCGGAGAGAGAGAUGGACGAGCUGAGAGAGAACCUGAGGCUGGCUCAUCACGCUCUGAACCAGACGUCAGCCUGAAAACAACCGAUUAUACAACAGCAACAACACAUUCGUCUUCACUGUAACACGGAGAACUUCUCCUGUAGCUUUACCCACAAGAACGAUAUUUAAAACAAAGAAGUCUGACCGUGAGUCUUAUUUAAUGAAUCCAGAAACACAAUCUCAUUUCACACUCCUUUUCUGUUUGGUUUUAAAGUUGUUUAUAUUGUCUGUGAAUGUUUAGAUCAGUUAUUAACCGUUUUGACCCUGAGUAUGUCAUUUACAAUUUAUUUUUAACAUGCGUUUCCCAAAAAUGGUCCUAAUGUUGUGUGUUAUGUAUAUAUUGUAUCUGUACAGUCAUGGUGUUAUUGUAACACUUCAAUCUGACAUGUAUGUCUCGCUCUCUAACCUCUGCUGUAAGUGUCGUCAUUAAACUGGUCAAGUGUUUUCUUUUUUAUCAAUUAUAUAAUUUAAAUUAAACAAAAAUCUUGCAGGUAAAUUUACUUGUAAUUUAUAUUUGUAAACUGCAGUAUUAAAAACAUAAAUGUUUUCUAUUAAUUAAACCAAAUUGGCAGAUUUAACCAACACUGACACAUUGUAUUUUAUUUUGUUAAUGAGACGAAGUUUAUAAAUGAAAGAUUUAAAUCAAAGGCGGUUCAUAUUAUAUUGUUAUAUUCAGGCUCCAUUUCUGGAGGAAGAAGAAGAAGAAGAGCGUCAAGUCCUGAAAAAUAAAGUUCAGCUCUUGUGGCUGCGAGUGAUUAUUUCAAAAAUAAAAGACCUUAUUGACAUUCUUCUUCUAACAGUCGGACAGAAUAUAGUGAAAGAAAUAGACUAAAAUGAAUCAGAUUCAACAAUAAAUAUAAACUUCUUAAGAUCUAUUGUACAAACUAAUGUGGAGUACUGCUAGUAAAAAUGACCUUUAUAGAUAAAAUGUAUUUUAUUUUGCGUUAACAUUUGU